UUGUUUUUCACCAGAAAGAAAAAGAGAGAGAGAAAGAGCGGUGAUGUCUAUACGGAGGCGAUCUUCACAGCCACAACAGAUGGAGCCUCCGGUGAUAUCAGUUCAAGCUUGGAUGGUGCUCUCGGACUUCCCCUGGUCUUCAAUCUGCAGCAGAGAAGCUGAACCGACAACACAUCCGAGCAUUGGAGAUGGGUACUUCUUCGCUUCUUCUUCCUUGGGCUUCUACUGAUUACAUAUGAGGACAACAUGCAUGUACAGAGUGAUCAUCAGCUACUGAUCGCUCAUUGAUCUUUCAUUCAAUCCAGAAAAAAAUGGCAGCUUCUGUUAGCUUAAGAGAAGAUGAUCCUAUGUUGAAGGAUUUGAGUGAGAAGAAGCAGAGUCUCAGGAGAAAUGUUGAGUCUUUAGCCGCUGAUUUGAAGCAAGCAAGGACUCGUCUCGCUGAACAGGAGCGUUCGUGUUCACAAGAAGCCAUGUCGAGGCAGGCAAGCAAGCAAACGCAGGAAGCAGAAACAAGAGUUAAGAGAAUGGAAGAUGAAAUGCUCGAACUUGGUAAGGAAUUAAACAAGAAAGUAGAGCAGAUUCGUGCCUCGGAUGUUGCUACUGAGAAGUGUGUGAAGGAACUGGGUGAUAUCAAGUCACAGCUUGCAGCAACACAGGCAACUGCAGAGGCAAGUGCUUUGUCGGCUGAAUCAGCUCAGUCUCAGUGCAGAUCGCAGAGUCAAUCACUUGCCAUUCUUGGAGUCCUGAUCACUCCAGUUCAACAUAGCAAGACAGCAUUUGAAGAUUAUAAUAGUUUUGUGGUUGCGUUUUGUCCUAACAAUAAUGAAGUUCAUAUCUAUAAAUCAUCACAAGACCAAUGGGAGAGGUUACAUGUCCUCGAAAAGGUGAAGCUUUUCUCUCUCCCAUCUGAAACUAACUUCCUUUCUCCUCUUGGGGAUUCUACACUUAUGGACAGCUUGAAUCUCCCUUACAAGUUUAGUUUGAAUCUAUUGCAGCAUGACCAAAUUGUUUCUGGAAUUGAUUGGAGCUCAAAGUCCAACAAAAUCGUCACUGUUUCCCAUGACAGGAACUCGUAA